UAAAUUCAUCGGGUGAUGCGUUUGCGCAACGGCGCCGAUCAACCCACCGGGUCAGGAUUACAUAAACCGUCUGCUUGGCUCCGCUCCGUUCUGUUCCAUCCGCCGCCUGAAACCAUGCAGACCACGGAGGCGAAGCUGAAGAGGAGCAGUCUGUCCCUCAUGCUGAAGCGCUACAGCUCGGCGGUCAGCGACAUGGAGAGGACCAUCCUCCUGCCCAGCCUGCUGCGGGACGUGCCGUCCGACUGGAUGGACUGCGAGGCCGCCCGAGCCAACGACCUGUACGGGAACUACAUGAUGCUAAGGACCAUUCGGAACACGGUGGAGAGCAGUCUGGUUCCCCUGGAGGAGCAGGACGGGAGGAGAAAGGAGCCCGUCAGGAGCCCAGAGCCUGAUUCGGAAGAGCUCUUCCAGUUCCACCUGAGAGGACUGUGUUCCGUCAUGAACGACCUGACGGAGAAGACUCGGAGCCUCACAGAGAAAUACCUGAACAUGAUCGGAGUGGCUCAGUGACAGCACACUUUGAUGAGCAACCAAUCUUUGUUUUGGAACGAUGAUGGAAACAUUUCAACCUCUUUUAAUCUUCAAAUUUAUGGAAAAAUGUGUUUGGUGCUGAAAUAUUCAUUUACUUCCCUCUUUAACCUUCAGAAUAAAAGUCUGUGUCAUGUAAAAACAGCAGUGGUCAGUUUUUCUUUAACAUUUUGAGGCCAAAAACUGACGGCUUUGGAAACAUAAAAAUAUCACUUGCUUUAAUCAGAAUUAAAGUUUAAAAAGCUCAAAAAGA